AUGUCUCUAAAUUACAUCAAAAACUUCUAUGAAGGAUGUGUUAAACCUCCAACUGUGAUCGGUCAGUUCCACACCCUUUUCUUUGGCUCCGUGCGAAUGUUCUUCCUUGGUGUGUUAGGCUUUGCAGUGUAUGGGAAUGAGGCUUUGCACUUCAGCUGUGACCCAGACAAAAGAGAAAUCAAUCUCUUCUGUUAUAAUCAGUUCAGACCAAUCACUCCACAAGUAUUCUGGGCAUUACAACUAGUGAUUGUCCUACUUCCUGGAGCGAUUUUCCAUCUCUAUGCCGCAUGUAAAAGCAUCAAUCAAGAAUGCAUUCUUCAAAAGCCCAUCUACACAGUGAUCUAUAUCCUUUCCGUCUUGUUAAGGAUUAGCCUGGAGGUGAUAGCGUUUUGGCUUCAGAUUCACCUCUUUGGUUACCAAGUGAAUCCUACCUACUUGUGUGAUGUUGGGUCACUGGGUAAAAAAAUGACUAUUAUCAAAUGCAUGGUUCCAGAGCACUUUGAAAAGACGAUUUUUCUCAUUGCAAUGUAUACGUUUACUGUGAUUACAAUGAUAUUAUGUGUUGCUGAGGUCUUUGAGAUUAUAUUUAGAAGGCUAUGUUUUCUAUUUAGACAAUGA